UCGCUAAAUGAACUCAAGUUACGACACGGCUGUGUUUGCUCCAGUUGCAAACAUCUCGGCAACGCGUUGCACGGACCUCACGCGAAAUCCCCGCUUGCAGGCAGCAAUGUAAAUCCGGCGUUAUUUUAAGUGGCAGUUUGCUGGAAAUCCCCCACCUAGUGGCUUUAGCUCCGCCCCCCUGCAGUCCAGUGCAGCCACACGCGCGCACACGGGGCAUUAACACAGUCCAUCGACGCGUGCAAAAAAAAAAAAAAAAAACAACAACAACAACAACCCAGCGCACAAUCCUCGCUAACCAUGGCCCUCCGUAGGACCACUGUAACAAACCAAAUGGAUUACAGCCGGGAGCCCAAAGAAGGGAAGCCGUCGACGGACGAGCGCCUCGACAGCGGCGUGGACUCCCUGAAAGAGGAGGACUACCAGGCUGUGGCGGAGGACAUCUUUCAUCUGCAGCUCGACUGCGGGCUGGCGUCGCAGCGCAAACAACUCGCAGCUUCAGCUAGCGAGGUGCCGCCAUGGAACACGCAAGUCACCGAGGACGGAGACACGCUACUCCACCUGGCUAUUAUCCACGAAGCGAAGGACUACAUCAGAAAAAUGAUCGAGCUAUCCAAGAACACAGACUUCCUCGAUGUCCAAAAUGACCAGCGACAGACUCCUCUCCAUUUAGCAGUCAUAACAAACCAGUCGGACGUGUGCCAGCGACUCCUGGCCGAUGGCUGCGAUCCCACAUUGGUGGACGACAGCGGGGACAUGCCCAUCCAUAUCGUCUGUCGCCACGGCAACCUGCUGUGCUUCAGCGUCCUCACCCAGUUUUGUCGUCCUGAGCAUCUGCAAACAAUGAUGGCGGCGUGCAACUACCAAGGUCAGAACUGCCUCCACUUGGCCUCGGUUCACGGUUUCCUCUCGCUGGUGGAGAAUCUUGUGGAUCUGGGAGCUGAUGUUAACUCAAAGGAGCAGCGCAAUGGCCGCAGCGGGCUACACCUGGCCGUUGACCAGCAGAACCUGUCGUUGGUCAGAUUGUUGGUGAAAAAAGGAGCGGACCCCAAUCUCCUGACUUUUGGAGGCCACACCCCCUUCCACCUCACCUACGGUCGCGGCGACGACGACAUAAAAAAGGAACUGUAUUCAUUGACCCAUCCCGACUUGAGGGAGCUCCCCGACAGCGAAUCGGACGACAGCGAGGACGAGGAGGACGGAGAGUCAGACGAGGAGGUGGGUUAUGAUGACAUCCAGUGGAACGGCCACUAGCGGCAAGAGAUGAAAUGUGACCCAGAGGAUGAAGUUAGGAGAAAAGGCCUCGGCGUGUCCGCCACUAGCCUCAUAGUGCGGCUGAAGCCGUACAGACAUGGUGGUGGUCUUGUGACACAAACAGAGACGCUAACAGGCAGCUGUAGGAGCUUAUCACACGGACUGGCAGCCGAUUGAACCAGCAGCGCCGCAGGAGCGAACGGGAACGCACCUUGCGAGCAUGCGGCUUGCUUCUUAUUGCUACCAAUCAUUCACAAAUUCAUCCAUCCACACAAAGCGGCUCUCUUGUAUGAUAUUGUAAAUGCUGUGUAUACAAAGAUGUAUUUUCUAUGGAAGCUGUGACUCUGUACAGUAGAACAGGUUGUAAAUGUUUGACAGCGACACUCCAUUUAAAUUAAACACCCAUAUUUAACAAUGAAAA